UAUGAAAAUGGCGUUUUUGAUACUUUAAGAAUAAAUAUCUCAUAUACUAUCCAGGAAAAACUCAUUAAGUACUCUAAAUGUCCCCUAUUAUGAUCUAGUGAGGUUGAAAUUUCAUCAAGUACAAAAUAUAUUCAUUCGUUUGCCAAGAAAAACUCAUUUUGCACUUGAUGAGUUGUUCCUCCCCUUCUUCUAUGUAUUCUAAUUCAAGAAAAAGUCAUCAAUGCACUUGAUGAAUUUUGCCACGCAAACCAUAUCAAGAUGGCUGAGCAUUUUGUCACCAAGUGCAUUCGCCCCUAACCUAAAAUUGGCACAAGGUUCCAGUGUUUGCGUGCUAUACCGUUGAUUGUUGUAAUGCCUAAGUGAUUUUAUUUUUAAUAAUGGAUUUACAAUCAAUAAAUGUGAGCGAUCGAGUUAAAAAGCUUAUGAAUCUUGCUGCAUUAAAUAACAACAUACAAGAUACAGCUUCUCAAGGUGAUAUUGAGAAAUCUACUCAUGAUUAUAUCCAAUUGGAAAAUGUGCAAUGUAUGGAAGAGCAGUUGGAUUAUGGAGAACGAGUUUCACCUGCACAAUUGUCUCAAACACCAGAUGAAAACUGUAAAAAUGGAGGUUGUAAUGACAUUGAUAUUCAGAAAUCCAUCUCAUAUGACGAAGAGGAAUCCAUAGUCGACGACACUGAUGCUGAUCCAUCAUAUCAUCAAGAAGCAAACGAGAGUAUGUCAUCUUCUAACGAGGAACAAACUGCCAUUGAAGAGCAAACAAGAGGGAAGCGUUGGAGAACAUCUCGUCCUAUGAUGUGGAAAGUUAAUAAGGCCAAAGAAAUGCGUGCCCAGUGCAUGCCUUAUGUAACAAAGAGAGGGGAAAUGGAUGGCAAGGCCCCAAAGCCUAUUGAUUGCAGCUCCUGCCGGUUUAAGUGUCAAAAGAAUUUCAGUGAAGACGACAGGAAAUAUAUCUGCAAGUCCUACUGGUCACUAAGAGAUUAUGGUAGGCAAAAAGAUUUCAUAUUGAAACAUAUUGUGAGCACAUUGCCCAAAUGCCGUAAAGUGGAUGAGUCCAGUCCAAGUGCACGUAUCUUAUCAAAACAAUACUCCUUAUCAAAUAAAGAUGGUACUCAUAGAGUUUGUGCUAAAUUUUUCGAAAAAACUCUCAAUAUAUCCAAUGGGCCGAUAAAUACAGCUCUCUCAGGGUGUAGUCCUUCAGGCUGCUUUGCGGGAUCUGACAAAAGAGGCAAAAAAGAGCCUGGCAAUAAAACAACGGAAGAUGCUAGGUUGGAUGUAAAACGGCAUAUUGAGAGUUUUCCUACCAUGGAUCCUCACUAUGUGAGAAAAUCGUCAAGAAGAAAAUAUCUGGAUACAAAACUUUCCAUUUUAAAAAUGUAUGCUUUGUACAAGGAAUUUUGUGAAAAUAAUAAUUCCAAUCCUGUAAGCAGCAACACUUAUAGGCGCAUAUUUUGCACUGAAUAUAACUUGUCCUUUUUUCGUCCAAAGAAAGAUCAAUGCUCACUAUGUAAUUUAUUCUUAACUGCAUCCAAUGGAAAAAAAGAAACAUUGAAAGAAUCUUAUGAUGCACAUAUAGCACGCAAAGAUGAAUGCAAUUACAUGAAACGAGCAGACAAAGAACGUUCACUAGAAGAUGAAAGUUUCAAAACGAUUACAUUUGAUUUGCAGAGUGUUUUACAACUUCCAUCAUCUGAUGUGUCACAACUCUAUUAUAGCAGAAAGUUGUGUGUAUUCAAUCUCACAUUGUAUGAUGGUGGUAAGGGGAAUGAUGCACAUUGUUUUUUUUGGAACGAAUUGAAUGGUAAAAGAGGAAGCACAGAAAUUGGGUCUGUUCUCUUCAAAUACAUUGAAAAGCUACCUGAAAAUGUAAAAGAGUUGUCAAUGUUCUCAGACACAUGCGGUGGACAAAAUAGGAAUCAGCAUGUAUCUGCAAUUUUGUUGUAUGCAGUUACCAAAACGCAUGUACAGGUAAUAGAACAGAAGUUUCUGGAAUCUGGCCAUUCAUUCAUGGAGUGCGAUUCAAUGCACUCAGCAAUUGAGAAUGCAAAAAGGAAUGUGCCAGUCUUCAUCAUGAAUGACUGGAGAGAAAUAUUCAAGUCAGCAAGGUCAAAAAAAGGGAAAAGUAAGAAAAAUCCAUACAAUGUAGAGGAGCUCAAACACUCUGAUUUCUUUGAUUUACAAAAACUGAGCUCAGCACUAAUUCGCAACAGGAAUGUCGAUGUAGAUGGCAACAAGGUAAGGUGGCUCAAUGUCAAAUGUUUUCGUUAUGAGAAAGAACACCCGGGUACUAUAUUUUACAAAUAUAGUCAUUCAGAUGACUUCAAAAAAAUAAUGGUAUUUGGUCGUGGAAGACCCCGGAACUUAAAUCCACAACUUGUGAAAGCAUACCCAAGUAUUUUACCCAUCAGUGCUGCUAAGAAGAAGGAUCUCAUCAGAUUGUGCCAAAAAAACAUAAUACCAGAAGAAUUGCACAACUGGUAUCAAAACUUGCCAUCAGUGGAGAAGAAUAGUGACAGAUUGCCUGAGCCAGGAGUUUCUGACAACAGUGACGUAGAAGGUGAAGAGGAUUAGAGAAUGUUCUGUUAGAGAAUGUUAGAGAAUCUCACCGUUCUUAUAGCUUAGAAGAUAAUCUAAUUAAUUAUUAUUGAAUUGUUGUUUCUCAGUUUAUUUAUUGGUUUCAAAAUAAUUACUAUGUACAUAUUAAUAUUUUUGCAAAGUAUUGACUGCUAUUUUCCCAAAUCUCUUUCAUUCCAGUUGUCAGUAUAAUAUGGGUGACAGAGUUUUUAGGUCUUAUUAUAAUUAUUUAAAACUACUUUUAGGUUAUAUUUUAUGCAAUUGUAAUGUUAUGUCAUAGUUUUUUAUAUAGUUUGUUCAUGAAUAAUGGCAUGUGAGGACUUUAAAUAAUUAUUAUUCGAGUUAUUUCGUAAGGUGGCAAAUUAACAAGAAUUAAGGUUCUUU